CUUACCCGGAAGACCAUUUGGAUUUUAUCAGACGUAAACACAUUUUAACCACUACAAUCAAACAUGUACUGUUUGUUUAGUGUGAUAUGUCACUUAUUACUCGUCUUCACCGUUUGUAUGUCCCUUCUCGUAACCCACGGGAUCGCCGGUAAAAUGAAGAUAGUCGAGGCGCCAAAUACAUUUGGGGUGAACAACAAUUUUCUGGCUCAGGGAAGCAGACUGCAGGCUAAAGUGCUUCCAUCACCAGUGUCCGGACCUGUACACCUUUCUCAUCUGGCUGGAAGGUGUUUCAGUCUUACAGAGUCAGUGUAUAGGUACGAGUUCUGUCCAUUUCACAACGUCACCCAACACGAACAGUCAUUCCGAUGGAACGCUUACAGCGGGAUCCUGGGGAUCUGGCAUGAGUGGGAAAUAGCAAACAACACGUUUACAGGCAUGUGGAUGAGAGACGGCGACACUUGCGGCACCAGAAACAGAGAAGCGAAGGUGAUUUUCACCUGCAGCGCCCAAAGCAAGCUUGCUCAAGUCUCCGAGCCGAGCACUUGUGUGUACUCACUAACAUUUGAGACGCCGCUUGUUUGCCACCCGCAUUCUCUUUUAGUGUACCCGACCCUGAAUGAGAAGCUGCAAAAGGACUGGGAUGAAGCGGAGCAGGCUCGCUAUGAAGGUCUUAUCACUGAGCAGGGAUAUGACAAUCUCCUAAGGGAUGUAUUUGAGGAUGCCGGCUUCCUGAAGAGUCAAAACGUGAACGCGAAGCUGCCCCAAGUUGCAGCUGAAACAGAAACGCACAACUCGUUACAGAAAUGUAAUGAGGACUUUCAAAAACAACAAGAAGAGAUCCAGAGACUGCGAGCUCUGCUCACUCAUCACAAUAUUCCUUUUGAUACAAAAUCAGAUGAGACACAAGGUGGCAGGACGACGACCGCGGCACGGCAUUUACGCGGAGACGUCGGCCUUUUUGACCUCACCGAUCCGCACUGAAAAGACGCAGCAAAAGAAACGGAAUUUUUCUGGAUCUCAUUCCAUCUUGGACAGCAGGCAUGGAAGUAAAACGAGGGGGAACUUGGUUUAAAUUGGAGAAAGCAGUUUCUGAGGAGCUAACAAUGAACUGGAUUGUGAGACUGGAAAAAACAAAAUUUAAAUAAGUACAUUUUUAAAAUGUGUCCAUUAAAUUGGAAAUUUUGUUAUGAGAAUGUGACACUGUUGUGAAUGAACAAUUUGAAGUUGAAAUGUUUUGAAUUGGUUGAGAAAUGUGGGAGGAGAAAUUAGGUAAAUUGGUUUCAUUUCAAUAAAAAUAUUAUUUUUUUUAAAAAUUGAAAUAAGGGAAAAGUAUGUAGAAAAAUACUUUCCAAGAUGUCCUGAAUUUUGUUAACACUUUUAAAGUUGGAAUGAUUUGGAUUGGAAUGUGGAUUGAUAAAUUUAUAAAAUGUAUUUUUAAUUUCAAUGGAAAUGUGGGGAAAAAUGCUUCCAACAAAACUGGAAUUUUGUGAAUGUGAAGUCUGGUUGAGAAAUGUGGAAGGAUUAGUUAAAUUUGUAAUAUUUCAUUUUCAUUUCAAUAGGAUUUAUUUUAAAAAUGCUUCCCGAGAGCUCCUGAAUUUUGUGAAUAUUUAGAAGUUGCAGUAGAUUGAAUUGGCUGAGAAAUGUGUGAGACAUAGCGUGUUGAAAAACUGCUGGGAAUAAUGACAAAUAUUUAAAAAUCUAAUAAGCUCUUAUUUAUUAAUGAACACUGCAUAUUGAGUUUUGGAAAGACAAUUCAGAAAAACGUCGUCUACGCUUUACAUAUGACUAUCACAAGAACAUUUCUGGUGUCAGUGUUAGUUCCCCCCAAAAAGCGGAAAACUUUCUCUUAAAAAGUAGUCUUAAUAGUUUACAAAAUGUAGUAAAAUACCGUCACUGUUUUGAAAAGUCUUAGCAGUCACCCUUAUGUACAUCUAGACAUCUUGGUCUCCUUAUUAAGGUUGAAAAGGGUGUAAAGUAGGUCAAUUCCGUUACGCUGUGAUCAAGUGUGAGCAUAAAGUGUUGUGAUUCCCGUUUGAAAAUGUGUGCAAGAAAGUUUGAAAAGAGUGCAUGGAGGAACUUUGUCGAACAAAAGAGGAGGAAAUUCCUCGUCUUUGCCCGUUAAUUCCCAUGCAAAGUUUCCAACUCCCUUAAUUUUGCAACCCUUCUUCCCUUUUUAGAUGACUCUUAAUAACAAGUAUUAAGUAUCGACAAGGUGACCAAUGACAUCAUCAGUCAGAUUUCCAGGCCUCAAAUAAGACAGUAUAAAUGUAACCAUACAGUAUGCUCAAUUUAACACAUACAAUGUGAAAUCGGAAUCCUAAUUGUCAUUAACUUUGUUACGAGAUCAGUGUGGUCUGAGUGUUGUCAUUAGGAAAGCAUCUGGAUGACUUCUCUGGCUCUGCGUGCCCUCUUCUGGACGUCUCCAUCCUCAGGCGCUCGCCCCGAUUCUUGGACCAGGACGAGGGCCUUCUGUACUGUGGUGUCUCUCGACCCCCCUCGGAGCCCCUCCAGGUACUGCAGCAGCGCCGAGAACUUCUCAUCUUGAAUCUGAUUGAACGAGAAGGAGGGGAGGAGGAAGAAUUUAAAAACGAAAUUGAAAUUUGCUUUUUCCCUUUACGGUUACCGUUGAUUAUCCAUCAAAAAAGUGCAAUCUGACAUACAUGCGUACAGACAGUGGAUAUCAAAAGUCUACACACCCCAAAUGUAACAUUUUUGUGCUAUAAAAUGAGACCAAUAUAAAUCAUUUCAAACCUUUCUCCACCAUUAAUACGACCUAUAAUCUGUAAAGCUAUAUAUUUUUUAAUAUUCUCUGUGUGUCACAUAGAAUUUUUUUUAUUUUUAAGAUUUUUUUUUUUUUCC